UGAUGCUUGGUACAGCACACACCUGUCCGGGUGCACUGGAGCUGGGAGCAAAGGAGGCUCUGAGAGGAGGGCCUGUUCAGCCACAGCAGAAGGACUGACAGACGCCUCCUUCUGGUCCUGGGGUUUUCCUGUCUCUGUGGCCUGAGCGGUUGGGGAGAGAGGAGGGUGCUCCGAGAUGGGGAGGGAGAGUCAGAGCCAUCCAUGGGACUCUGCAGUGAGAGAGUCACAGCCCUGGGCAGAGACUGAUUCCAGCAGCGGAAGUGCCAAGCGACCCAGAAGGGGGCCUGAUGGAGGAGUUGGUGGGGCUGCGUGAGGGCUCCUCAGGGGACCCUGUGACUCUGCAGGAGCUGUGGGGCCCGUGUCCCCGCAUCCGCCGAGGCGUCCGAGGUGGCCUGGAGUGGCUGAAGCAGAAGCUGUUCCACCUGGGCGAGGACUGGUACUUCCUGAUGACCCUCGGGGUGCUCAUGGCCCUGGUCAGCUUUGCCAUGAACUUUGCCAUUGGGCGUGUGGUCCGAGGUAACUCUUCCCUGGCAGGUGCUGCUCUGGGCCAAGGGAUUCUAAGCACGCUCUGGGGAUGCCAGAUGGGCCGCCAGGUGCAGUGGUGCAGGGAGAGAUCUGGGUGCGGGGAGGGCUCUGGCUCCACUCCUGACUUGUUGUGUGAUCCUAGGCAGGCUCCUGCCCCUCUCUGGGCCUCAGCCAUCUCAUUUGAACAAGGGAGAGAGGCCUGAAUGUUCCCAAGAGCCCUUCUUCCUCUGACCUCUCUGCCUCCUCUUCCAGCCACUCCGUUCCUUCUCCUUCCCUCCUCCAUGCCUGGGGCAGGAAUGGGGACACGUGCCUAGAUCACCAAACUUGGAGCCUUCCCCCUGCUCCCUCAACAGCCUGCCUCCACCCUGAGGCCUCCCUGGAAGAGGGGGUGUGAGGCAGGAAGGGUCUAAGGCACUUUCUCUGGAGACCCUCAGCUGCCAGAAGCAGGACCUACUACACCUACAAGCAGGUGUUUGGCGCUCCACACCUGUGUCAUUUAGUUCUCAGUGGCCCUCUGUAGUCUUCAAUGAGCCUGUGAGGGACAGCCCAUCACUAGCCCACUUGACAGAUGGGGAAACUGAGGCUCAGAGAGGCUGAGUGACUUGCCCACGGUCACUCAGCUAGGCAGUAGAAACCUGGGAUAUGGACCCAGGGUCAUACUCCUGCCUCUUCUUGGGGCUCUUCCCCUCACUGGGUGGCCUGGUUCUUCCUUCUUUGUGACUCCAUUUCUGGUCAGUAAGUGGGCACCACAGUGUCUAGCCCCGAGGGCUGCAGAGGCUAUGGGUGGCUCCUGAUACACAGCUGUCCCCAGCGCAUGAGUGGCUGUACGGAGAGAUUGGGGACAGUCACCUGCUCCGGUAUCUCUCCUGGACUGUGUACCCUGUGGCCCUCAUCUCUUUCUCCUCGGGCUUCUCCCAGAGCAUCACACCCUCCUCUGGAGGUUCUGGAAUCCCAGAGCUGAAGACCAUGUUGGCGGGUGUGAUCUUGGAGGACUACCUGGAUAUCAAGAACUUUGGGGCCAAGGUGGUGGGCCUCUCCUGCACACUGGCCACCGGCAGCACCCUCUUCCUGGGCAAAGUGGGCCCUUUCGUGCACCUGUCUGUGAUGAUGGCUGCCUACCUGGGCCGUGUGCGCACCACGACCGUCGGGGAGCCUGAGAACAAGAACAAGCAAAACGAAAUGCUGGUGGCGGCGGCGGCAGUGGGCGUGGCCACAGUCUUUGGAGCUCCAUUCAGCGGCGUCCUGUUCAGCAUCGAGGUCAUGUCUUCCCACUUCUCUGUCUGGGAUUACUGGAGGGGCUUCUUUGCGGCCACCUGCGGGGCCUUCAUGUUCCGGCUCCUGGCGGUCUUCAAUAGCGAGCAGGAGACCAUCACCUCCCUCUACAAGACCAGUUUCCGGGUGGACGUUCCCUUCGACCUGCCAGAGAUCUUCUUUUUUGUGGCACUGGGGGGUCUCUGUGGCAUCCUGAGCUGCGCUUACCUCUUCUGUCAGCGAAUCUUCUUUGGCUUCAUCAAGAACAAUCGGUUCAGCUCCAAACUGCUGGCCACCAGCAAGCCUGUGUACUCCGCCCUGGCCACCUUGGUUCUCGCCUCCAUCACCUACCCGCCCGGUGUGGGCCGCUUCCUAGCUUCUCGGCUGUCCAUGAAGCAGCAUCUGGACUCGCUGUUCGACAACCAUGCCUGGGGGCUGAUGACCCGGAACUCCAGCCCACCCUGGCCUGAAGAGCUUGACCCCCAGCACCUGUGGUGGGAAUGGUACCACCCGCAGUUCACCAUCUUUGGGACCCUUGCAUUCUUCCUGGUUAUGAAGUUCUGGAUGCUGAUUCUGGCCACUACCAUCCCCAUCCCUGCCGGGUACUUCAUGCCCAUCUUCAUCUAUGGAGCUGCCAUCGGGCGCCUCUUUGGGGAGACUCUCUCUUUCAUCUUCCCUGAGGGCAUCGUGGCUGGAGGGAUUACCAAUCCCAUCAUGCCUGGGGGCUAUGCCCUGGCAGGGGCUGCAGCCUUCUCAGGGGCUGUGACCCACACCAUCUCCACGGCGCUGCUGGCCUUUGAGCUGACCGGCCAGAUAGUGCAUGCACUGCCCGUGCUGAUGGCAGUGUUGGCAGCCAACGCCAUUGCACAGAGCUGCCAGCCCUCCUUCUACGAUGGCACCAUCAUUGUCAAGAAGCUGCCAUACCUGCCACGCAUUCUAGGCCGCAACAUCGGCUCCCACCGCGUGAGGGUGGAGCACUUCAUGAACCACAGCAUCACCACACUGGCCAAGGACACGCCACUGGAGGAGGUGGUCAAGGUCGUGACCUCCACAGACGUGGCCGAGUAUCCCCUGGUGGAGAGCACAGAGUCCCAGAUCCUGGUGGGCAUCGUGCGAAGGGCCCAGCUGGUGCAGGCCCUCCAGGCUGAGCCUCUUUCCUGGGCUCCAGGACACCAGCAGUGUCUCCAGGACAUCUUGGCUGGGGGCUGCCCCACCGAACCAGUGACCCUGAAGCUGUCCCCGGAGACUUCCCUGCAUGAGGCACACAACCUCUUUGAGCUGUUGAACCUUCAGUCCCUCUUUGUGACAUCGCAGGGCAGAGCUGUGGGCUGCGUGUCCUGGGUGGAGAUGAAGAAAGCAAUUUCCAGCCUGACAAAUCCACCAGCCCCAAAGUGAGCCAGUCCAGCAAGAUGAAACAGGGCACCCCAGCUGCCUGGUACUGAGGUUGGGCUGAGACCCUGCCUCUCUUCCCCCGUCACCCCUUACCCCCACUCCAACCCAGCUCCAUUCCUUGGCAUAACAGACAACUCUAACCUAGCCGGAAAGAAGAUGGCUCAUCCUGGGUGUGAUGAUGGCUCCUGCCUUGAAAGACAAAUCCCACCUUGGACAGAGCUGAGUGUGAGAUGACAGAAAACCAGUGUCUGCCAGGUGCUCAGUGACUGGCCAUCACAUUAAUGGAUGACGGGAUUGGAGUACGCUGUCACCAAGGGCCGGAGCAGAUGCCCUCUGGGGUUGUCUGAUUCCCAAUGAGAGGCUCCAGAGAAAAAUAAAGCUGGUUCCCAGA